AUUAAUAUCCUUUCUAGGCCUAACACUGCUGGUCACCGAAAUUUGCUGUUGUUUUAGUUAUGCCUACCUCAGUAAUUCCAAGAGCAUUGAAAUUUUGGUUAUGCUUGAAAGAUCUGAAAGCCAGUAGGCUAGUUCCCAUUGUGAAAAAAGGGGUAUCAAAAUGAAGGAGACUAUCGAGCUGUGGCUUGGGCUUAUGCCUUUUUAAUUAGUGGAUCUUAACACAAUUCAAGCAAGCUUGAAGGAAUACUUAAUUAGGCUAAGUUUGACAAAAAAGGAAAAAAAGCAAGAAACUCUGCAAAUGCUAGCUGGAUGGAUAUCGCAAUUCGUAACACGAGGGCAAUUGACCAAGAGUGUUGAGCAUAUGCAAAAUUGGAUAAGUCAUUGACAUUUCUCGCUCUAUUUUUGUACUUAUCAAGAAAUUAAGAUGAAUCGCUCAAAUUAGUGACGGAAUCAUUGAGUUUGCAUUGCUUAUCAUUUUUUGUGAAUGAGAUUAAGAGGGCAAAAACGUAGCAUGACAUUUGGGCAAUUAAAGCAGAUAUACGUAAGAAUAUUGAAUGACUGUAUAUAACCAAAUGAAGUAAAAAAAUCAUCAGGAAACGUGGCCGAUAACUGCAUUUGACUUUUGUAUACGUGUCCUUCCAAGACACCCUUUGUACAAAAUUUUCUUCAAACUAAUCUCCUCCACACGGUUUGGAUUUUGAGUUUUGACAUUCUAUUUAAGCUAAUCACAUACCUCAGAUUAGUAAUUAACACCUCUUUCUCUCUUCCUCUAUUUCUCCUCCCAUUUCUUUGGGACACCAAAGCUCUCUUUUCUCUUCUUUUGCUAUUCUUGUUUCUUGUUCCUUCUUCAAGAGAGAGAGAGAUAGAGAAAGAGACUGACAUCACCUUCAUUCCUUCUCUCUCUUCUGGGCAAUACUUUUGUGUUGGUUUCCAUAAAUUACUACAUCUGUCAUGAAGAAGGUUUGUUGGCCUUACUUUGAUCCCGAAUUUGAUACUCUCCCAGAGAGGAUAUAUGGGCCCCCAUGUAGAGUUUGCAUUGACAACGAGAGCAUGGAGGAUUGCACAGUGAUCAAGGUUGAUAGCGUGAACAAGCAAGGCAUCCUCCUGGAAGUGGUGCAAGUGUUGACAAACAUAAACCUUACCAUCUUAAAGAGCUACAUUUCCUCUGACGCUGGAUGGUUCAUGGAUGUAUUUCAUGUUAAAGAUGAGCAUGGCAACAAACUUAACGACCAAAACGUAAUUAACUAUAUCCAGCAGGCCAUAGGUACAGUUAGGGAGAUUAAAAACACGGUCAAGGCCAAGCCCAGUAACAAUGACGUUUUCAAUAAUUCUGAGCAAACAAGCGAGCACACCGCUAUAGAAAUGAGUGGAACAGAUCGGCCGGGUCUGUUUUCAGAGAUAUCAGCAGCCCUAGCUGACCUCCAUUGUAAUGUUGUGGAGGCACAUGCAUGGAGCCAUAAUGCUCGUUUGGCUUGCGUAGCCUACAUUUCUGAUCAAUCCACUGACACCCCUAUCGACGAUCCCCACCGGCUUGCCACCAUUGAGGACCAUCUCACGACCGUUCUACGAGCCACAACUACACCAAUCCAAAGUGGGCCUGAGACGGCCAGCCCACAAGAAGCGAAGACAGCUGAGUUUCUUGAAGGCACCAACAUGACUGAUGUGGAACGCAGGUUGCAUCAGCUUAUGCUUUCAGUCGGCGAUUUCGAUACGCCCCCGUUUGAACCAAUGAGAUCAUCACCAUCAGGAUCAGACGGUGAUGAUGAAGAAGGAAGAAAGACCAUGGUAUCGAUUGAGAAUUGUCACGAGAAAGGGUACUCGAUUGUUAGCAUAGAAUGUAAAGAUAGACCAAGGCUCAUGUUUGAUACGGUGUGCACGCUUACCGAUAUGCAAUACGUCAUAUUCCAUGCUUCAAUUAGUUCUCGUGAAGGAAGAUCAUUCCAGGAAUACUUCAUAAGACAUGUAGACGGAUAUGCUUUGAGUACCGAAGGCGAGAAAGAUAAGGUUGUAAAAUGCUUGGAGGCAGCCAUAGAGCGACGGGUUUGUGAGGGGGUUCGACUGGAGUUGAGUGCAGAAAACAGGGUAGGGCUUCUCUCGGAUAUAACUCGGGUUCUAAGGGAGAACGGGCUUACCGUCGUUAGAGCAGAUGUAGCAACCCAAGGAGAAAAAACAGUGAAUGCAUUCUACGUGAAAGACAUGUCAGGGAAUGAAGUUGACAUGGACUUCGUGGAGUCAAUGAAGAAAGAGAUGGACGUGAUAGACCUUGAAGUGAAGAAUGAUGGUGCCAGUCGACGACGACCAAGCUCGUCCCCAAGGUCAUCAGUACCCGGCCUUUUCUCUCUUGGAGACGUUCUUAAGUCUCAAAUCGAACGCUUCUCCCAUAAUUUUAUUCCUAUCAACUGAUAAUCUAUAUAUGUAAAAUAAAAAAUAGGCACAGUUAUAUAUAUCAAUUUGACGUUGGAAUUGGAGUAGCUAGCUAGGAAUGUAAUAAUAAAAAAAAAGGGUUCAUUCGCGAAUAAGUAGAGAAAUAAGUCCUAGGAAUGUAAAUAUAUAAAGUAAGGAUUCAAAUUUGUAUAGAUAAAUAUAUAUGCAAUGCUUUGUAUAAAAAUAAUCACAUUUUUGUGUUAUUGAAUUCUUCGAUUCUAGGCUUGUGAAGUUGUAAAUGAAAAGAAUGUUCUCUCUAAAAUGUUUCCCCCACUGUUGU